UGGUCAGAAAAACUCGAGCGCAAGUUAGUCCGAACACCAUAAUUAUCAAACCCGGACACCAGAGUUAUAAAAAAGAAACAACUUAAUUAUUUUACAAAAAUCCCCCAAAGAAAUUUUUUAUUUAUAAAAAUAAUAUCAGUUCGCCUUUGUUGACUAUCAACUAGUACAACAUAGACAACCAAAAAAGGACCAGAUAUCUAUAUACAGAAGUUAUUGAUAAUCUAAAUCAUUUUUUCGGAGCAACCCACGUUUCAGAUAUCUGAUUAAGGAAAUUCCACUCAUCGUGACGCGUAUGGCUACCUUCAAGGCAUUUUUGAACAGUCCUGUUGGCCCAAAAACAACCCAUUUUUGGGGUCCUGUAGCCAACUGGGGAUUUGUCAUUGCUGGACUCGUAGACACACAGAAACCCCCAGAAAUGAUAUCAGGCAACAUGACCUCAGCAAUGUGCGUGUAUUCUGCACUGUUCAUGAGAUUUGCAUGGAUGGUACAGCCUCGUAAUUAUCUACUUUUGGCAUGCCAUGCCUCGAACGAGACGGUGCAACUUUAUCAGCUAUCACGUUGGGCAAAAGAUAUUUGCAGAAGAAUGCCGACAGAGCAGCGUGAUCUAGUGUUCUUUCCCGUUUUGUUCUGGACCUGUUUGUAGAUUUGGUUAUUUCCAUCACUCAUUGCACAGAUUAUUGUUCUUGAUCAUCCAAGAGCUGAACUAGCAGCUCAAAGUACUAACAUAGUGACCAUUGUAGUGAAUGAUCAUGUUUAUAAGAUUUGCCGUAAUAAGGUAGGACAAUUUGAAUGGCAAGAAAUUAGUAUGGAAGAAUUCAAUAUAUUUGUGAUUUCGCCUCUU